AUGGGAUAUUCAAAUUUCUUUGUGAAUGUUGCCAAUUUCUAUAUCUUAACUGGAUGGGCAAAAUCAGCCGGAAGAUAUACAGAAGAUACUUCUGUUUUAGGAGAUUUACACAUUGAUGCUAAUAAUGUUAAUUUAAUUGUUGAUCAAUCAUUAACUUUUGCACAAGCAAUUUAUUCAUCAAUGACAAAAUCAAGAGUUUUCUUGAGAGUUGUUUUGGAUUCUUUAGUUAAUAUGGCAAGAGAACAAGAUAUUUAUAGAAUGGCAGCUGAUUUAUUGAAACCAACAAGUCCAAUUGUUGUUUGUGAUCAAGGUUAUCCAAUUAUUGCUGUCAAUGGAACUUUAUCACAAUUAAUAUAUUUCCUUAAUUUUGAAGAAGCAGAAAUUGCUGGAACAUAUGGUGCUGGCGAAACAAUUCCUAAUCUAUUUACUGAUACAACAUAUUGCCAAGUACAAAUGAAUACUUUCGCGUCAAUGGAUAUUUCACAAGGAAUAUUCAUGUCAUUCAUUGGUUCUUCUUCUGGAUCAACAAUUCAUUUCAAUCAUAUCUUCAAACUUUGGUUGAUUUGUGGAUCUGUUAUUUUCUUAAUCUUGGUAAUUGUUCCUAUUUCUAUUAUUGUUGCUUCUUAUCUUAAAAUGAUCAAUAGAGUAUUAAAAAUUCUAUUGAAUUUACCACAAAAAUCAAGAGAAGAAGCAAAGCAAAAUUUGUUUAAUGAACAAUUAGAAUCAAGUGAAGAUAAAUUCCGUGGAAACAAACAAGGAAGAUCUUUGAAAAUUAUUAUAUGUUAUAUUAAUCAGUUAUGCAACAAUGAUAGGAACAGUUGUUUUAUAUGUUUUGAUGUGUGA